AGAAAAAGAUAAGAAGUUAAUGAAUAAGGAUCAGAACAAAAUAAACCCAGUGAGAGAAGUUGAGGAUUGAGAAAGUAGCAAGAAGUAAGAACAAUAAGACAGAUUAAUAGAUAUAUCUAAAGAUAUAUAUAUAUAAUUAUAUAUAGAAAUAUAUAUAGAUAGAGGUAGACAGUGUGCACUCAAUAUGAUGAACUCAACCACAAAACAUUUGCUGCAUUGCACGCUCCUCAUCACUGUGAUAGUUAUCUGCGAAGUAUUCUCCGGCGGUAUUAAGAUCGAUGAGAACUCCUUUACCAUUGUCGAUCCAUGGACUGAGUAUGGCCAGGUGGCCACCGUAUUGCUGUACUUAUUGCGAUUCCUUACGCUGCUCACGCUGCCCCAGGUGCUAUUCAAUUUCUGCGGCUUGGUCUUCUACAAUGCCUUCCCCGAGAAGGUCGUACUCAAGGGUAGCCCCCUCUUGGCGCCCUUCAUCUGCAUACGGGUCGUCACACGCGGUGAUUUUCCCGACCUAGUCAAGAUGAAUGUGCUAAGGAAUAUUAACACCUGCCUGGACACUGGCCUUGAGAAUUUUCUCAUCGAGGUCGUUACGGACAAGGCCGUACAUUUGGCCCAGCAUCGUCGCAUCCGGGAGAUUGUCGUACCAAAGGAAUACAAGACACGCACUGGGGCACUCUUCAAGUCGCGGGCACUUCAGUAUUGCCUCGAGGAUACGGUGAAUGUGCUAAAUGACAACGACUGGAUUGUCCAUCUCGAUGAGGAGACUCUGCUCACCGAGAACUCGGUGCGCGGCAUCAUCAAUUUCGUGCUCGAUGGCAAGCAUCCAUUUGGCCAAGGCCUCAUCACCUAUGCCAAUGAGAAUGUUGUCAAUUGGUUGACCACGUUGGCCGACAGCUUUCGUGUGUCCGAUGAUAUGGGCAAGCUGCGUCUACAGUUCAAGCUAUUCCACAAGCCUCUCUUCAGCUGGAAGGGCAGCUAUGUGGUCACCCAGGUCGGAGCUGAGCGGUCGGUCUCCUUUGACAACGGCAUCGAUGGAUCUGUGGCGGAGGAUUGUUUCUUUGCCAUGCGGGCUUUCAGCCAGGGCUACACAUUCAAUUUCAUUGAAGGCGAGAUGUACGAGAAGUCGCCGUUCACAUUAUUGGAUCUGUUGCAGCAACGCAAGCGUUGGCUACAGGGUAUACUGCUUGUGGUGCACUCCAAGAUGAUACCUUUCAAGCACAAGCUGCUGCUGGGCAUUAGCGUCUAUUCGUGGGUAACCAUGCCGCUCUCCACAUCGAACAUCAUCUUUGCUGGGCUCUAUCCCAUACCCUGUCCCAAUUUGGUGGACUUUGUGUGCGCAUUUAUAGCGGCCAUCAAUAUCUAUAUGUAUGUGUUUGGUGUCAUCAAAUCAUUUUCGCUGUAUCGCUUCGGUCUGCUCAAGUUUUUGGCGUGUGUCCUUGGCGCCGUUUGUACGAUACCCGUCAAUGUGGUCAUCGAGAAUGUGGCUGUCAUUUGGGGACUUGUUGGCAAGAAGCAUAAGUUCUAUGUGGUGCAAAAGGAUGUGCGUGUCCUAGAGACAGUCUAAAGCGACAGCAGCAGCAGCAGCAACAAUUGCUUUGACAGUAAUUAACUGUAAUUAACACAAAUCAAUUAAUCAAAACAGAAAACAAAAUCGAAAA